AUGUUGAAUAUUGGACUUGACCUUAGUUUUUGGCGGCUUUUCUGUCGCUGUUCUCUUUAUUUGGUGAGCUUUUAUCCUGCUUGGUUUCUAAGCUGUUCAGGAUAUUUCCCAAGGAGUACAUGUGAAAGUCAACAAGUCUUCCAUAUGUAUACCCUUUCAUCUCAAGAAGUUGAAGUCCAGUUAGAUAUACUUAAUAAAACAUCUACACAGAUUAAUGAUUUAGAAAGACGUUUGGAAAUUUCUCGUGAUGUUUAUCGUAAAGUUUUAUCAGAUCAGUCAGAUAAAUUGCAGAAAUUAAGUAAAAAACUUGGUAAAUGUAUAAUACGUACUCGACCAUACAAUGAAUUGAAACAAAAGCAAGCGCAUUAUCGUAAAGAAAUUCAAAUGGCUGCUUUGAAGUAUGAAAACGCCAUAUCGACCUUAAGUGCAGCUCGUGACACUCUGGCUAAAUUGGAAGCAUGUGUUUCAGAGCCUGGUGUUAGAGAUCCAAACCUGUUGGAGUCUCUAAAUCAAAGUAUUACGGAUUUUAAUAAUGCUAACAAAUCAUUGAAUAACGCCAAAUUAGAACAUGAGAAAUUAAUGGAAAUUUAUGCCACAAAUGAACAAUCACUUCGUUGUUUAGAGAAACGUCUUCGUUUCGAUAUUCAAAAAGCGAAGCCUUACUACACCAUGUAUGAUCAUUUCAUGUUGAAAAUGGAGGAUGCUAAAACACAUGUUGAAUUAUGUACAGAUAAAUUGAAAGCAUGUAAAAUUAUUUAUAGUGAUGCAAUGUGUAAAUUAGAACUUCUAUCCAAUUCAAUUCAUACAAAGAGAUUAAAUCAAAAUGAUCAUAGUAAUAAUGAAUAUUCCCAUAGUAAUAAUAAUAAUAAUAAUAACAAUAUGGAUGAUUAUGUCAUAAUGAAAUCAUUCUCUAAACAAUAUGAAUCUAUUCAAUAUACAAAUGAAUAUUCAAAUAAUCAAUUUAUGAAGGAUAAUACACUUAACAAAUCAAAUAAUGAUUGUUUAAAUGUUACUAUUGUUGAUCAUUUGAAUAUGGAUAAUCAUAAUCAUAAUACUGAUAAUGAUAAUUCAACUGUUAAUUGUUUUCCUAUAAUGAAUGGUUUAUUCGAGUCACUUCAUCAAGCUUCCAUUGAGAUUGAUUCACUUCAAAAUUCUCCAUUUUUAUCGUCAAUUCAUUCAAAAGAUUACUGUAAUAGUACAACUAAUUCAUAUUGUACUACUAUUGAUACAAAUACUAUUACUACUACUACUACUACUACUAUGACAACAUCAUCAUUAUGUACAGAGAAUAAUUCAUAUAGAGAAUCUUUAUCUUUAUCAUCUCAUACAUCAUCAGCAUCUAUUUCACCAGCAUUAUCUUUUGAUACGUUUACAACAUCAUCACUAACAACAACAACAUCAUCAUCAUCAUCAUCACCAUUGUCAUCAUCAUCAUUGUUAUUUGAUGAACAAUCUUCUACUUUAAUGUUAAUGAACUCUUUUAAUAAUUUAAAUUUAACAAAUAACUCAUCACAUUCAUUUAUAUCAAAAGAGAUUUGUUGUAGUAAUUUCACAAUAACAAAUUCCAGUUAA